AACCGCUUCGCCGAAACCACAUUCCCGGCAUUCAGAAAAUGAUACUAACGUCAUUUCCCGAGUUUGUCAUUAUAUUUACUUGUUUGAAGUAUUUCUUAACUGCGCUUCCUAGCUCGAAAUAUAGACCCACAGCUUCGGACGCCUCGACUGUGGUGAUUAGUGAAUCAGUCUUGGCCUGAUUUGAGGUACUAACCCGACACUUGCCUGCAGGGAUACAGGAAAACUAAAAACUUCACUCAGGAUAAUAUACAUCCUAGCUGAGAUUGGAACCGGGCACCUCAGAGCUGUUGUCCCUUUAGCCAAUUCGCUCGGUCGGACUUUCUGCCAGACAUCACGGACACAGGUCAUGGCGUAAUGCCAGUGCAUCAGUCCAUGAAGGUGCUGGAUUUGUUUUCAAAGGAAAGUGAACUUCAUUAAUUUUAACUACAGGCUGUGAAUUGCACAAAGGAUUUACAGGAGAAGAAAAUAUGGCUCAUAUGCAUCUUUGUGUAAUAUUCAUAUCUGGAAUCUUCCUGUGUGGACCCACUAGAGGUGAUCCUUCGCUUCAAAUGUCAGAACAUGAUCUGAGAAUGGAGGUUGGUGGCAAAUGGGAGUUGAACAUACAUAUAUGGUCAGGGGCCGAGACUGAAUGUGCUAAUAUUUCCAUCACUUAUAAUGAAGACAUAAUUGCAACAGAUAAGCAAGUUAUCCCUGUAGUGCAUUCUGUUUCGAACUACAGUGUUACAGUGCUAGCAAGAUAUCCUGGGCAUGCCACUGUAAACUUCAGUCUUGUGGACGCUGUGGGUGAUAGAGUACUGGAUACGAAGUUUGUAAGAGUGACUGUAGAACACGAUGAAGUCAUAUAUUAUGUAAGUGCUGUGAUUGGUUGGAUCUACUUUGUGGCCUGGUCUGUGUCAUUCUAUCCACAAAUAUAUGAAAACUGGAGAAGGAAAAGUGUUGUGGGACUUAAUUUUGACUUCUUGUCAUUAAAUAUUGUUGGCUUUAUGUUAUAUUCCCUUUUCAACUGUGGUCUCUUUUGGAUUACAGAAGUAGAGGAGGAGUAUAUGCGCAGAUAUCCAACCGGGUUGAAUCCGGUUCAAGUAAAUGACAUUGUGUUCUCCCUUCAUGCCUCUGUUGCUACUCUGAUCACCAUUAUUCAAUGUUUCAUUUAUGAGCGUGGAAGCCAAAGGGUAUCAUGGACAGCACGUGGCUUACUUGCAGUUUUUGCUGCAGUUGUGCUCAUUAGCUUAAUACUGGCAUGGACUGAUGUGAUUGAAUGGCUUGACUUCUUGUCAUACUGUUCCUAUGUGAAGCUUGCCAUCACACUUAUCAAAUAUGUUCCACAGGCAUACAUGAAUUACAGAAGGAAAAGCACUGAAGGCUGGAGUAUUGGUAAUAUCUUCCUUGAUUUCACUGGUGGACUUCUCAGUAUGCUGCAGAUGAUCCUUAAUGCUUACAAUUACAAUGAUUGGGAAUCAAUAUUUGGCGAUCCAACAAAAUUUGGACUGGGCUUGUUCUCUGUUGUGUUUGAUAUAUUUUUCAUCAUUCAGCACUACUUUCUCUACAGGCAUCAUCAAGCGUACUUAGAGAUCAAUGGUGAGGAUAAUCCUGGAUCUUUAGAUGAUCUCCUAUCAGAACCUAUUAUUGCAUAACUGUAGACUAUGCAGAAAUAUGUGCAGUUUGUGUGUCAUUCUAAAAUGAUGGAUAUCAAUGUUUAAUUCCUGAUGGUGAAGUAUAUAUGUGUGUGUUUGUGUGAAAACCUUUGAAAAGAGAAGACUUCAGAAGUACUGAUGUGCAAUAAGGAGGAGUUUCACGAUGUAAUGGGGAAUCAAAACAAACUUUUGUGAUGAGUGUAUGUUUCUGAUUUUAAGAAAAGUCAUAUUAAUGAUGGGAGUUCAUAACAGACACAUUUUUCAUAUGUUUUACUAUAAAGAUUGAAUUAGGUACCUAUAAUAAUACUAUAUAUAUAAGUUGACGUUUUUUCUGUCAAACACACAAACACCAAAUAACUCCCUCACAUUCGACUGCACAUUUACAGAGGUUAUUGGUCAUACAGCGUCGCAACAUGUUGCGGUUCAUGCACAUUGUGCAACCAUUAAACUCAGUUAUGGACAGUAGAAUGUGAGUGAGUUAUUUGAUGUUUGUAGAGUUUGACAGAAAAAAUGAAAACUCAUAUUUAUAGUACUAAGGCACAACAGGAUACAUUCCUUAAAAAUUAUAAGUAAUACUUUUGUAUGAACAAGUUUAAGCAUUAUGCGGAUAUAGUGACUUUUCUGGCUUUGGCUUAUAUUCAUCCUGUAUUUGCUUUGAAGUCAAACUUGAUGAACAUUAUUGUUCGGUUGCAUGUUGCACAGUAAUUCAGUUGUCAGUUGCAAAAGAACAAUGGUGCAUUAUACUGUAGUUCUAGCCAUUUUAUACGUGUUUAACGUUAUUUCCAAGCUUCAAGUUCUCAUGUAAAAAAAAAAAAGAAAGAUUGAUCUAGUCAGUUGCUGUCAGGGAAUAGGACUUUCAGAGUGAUGGUAUGAAUGUCCAGAUCAUUUUGGCAAAAAUAUUUUCCAUUAGACAUGUAGAAAACUAUAUAUUUGAAAGAAUGAUAAAGUUGUUGUAACAAACUGAACAAAUAAGUGGUCCACUUGGCCUGCUUUUGGAUUUAAUCAUUACCUCAGAGUCAGUCUCAAAUCCGUCAAUCUGAUAGCACACACGAAUUAUCAAGCCUAUGUUAAGAGUAGUGUUGCACAGUAACAAUGGCAAAAUCAUAUAAGUUUAUGGGUAAUAUUGUCCUGCAUUUUAAGCUUUCUUAGCACAAAAUGCUUAAAAUAAACAUAUAAUUGCAACCUGUGUCUGUUCAUCCAGCUUUGAUCUCCAUGGCUACUGAACACAGUUUAUUAAAUUUGAUGCUGUAUCUGGAUUAAGUAGUAGGAUUGUAUUUUAGCGUCAUAUUGUGUAUAGAAUAUUUUAUUCAUUUUCAGUCUCACAUUGUAAUUAUUUGUUUUCUAUACUAGUAUUACAUUACACAAACACACACAGUGAACACACGACAUCAAGCUACCAACAAGACCAGCACGUAAAAAGUUAAAACACUUAGAUGUGCAACAUGAGAAUACAGGUACUUUAAGAGAACGUGGAUCUGCCAUGCUCAGCAAGGAAACAGUCAUUACACAGGAACCAAGACUACAUAUCUAAAUGAAACAAAAUAAAAUAAAAAUAAUAACAGAAUUGUAAUAACAACAAAAAUGGUUUAAUUUUAACUAAUUCAAAUUAUGCUAUUUUAAUCUGAUUAAAACCAAGGUGUCUAUAUAAAACAAUUUUAAUGUAUUCGUGAGACUGAAACUUAAUAAAAUAUAUCUAUAUAAAAAUGUUUGUAGCAAUUUCAGUUUUGGUUUGCUUCAUUCAGAAUUAAGCUGAACAUUUCAUGGAGCUCAAAUUAAAUUUUAUCAAUUUUUGCAGAAAUGACUAAUCAUAGAGAAAUUUGAAUACCAAAUAAAUAUGUACCUCAUCAAGAACCAAAGCCUUUUUUUAAGAUUAUUAUCCUAAGAAUAUUUAAUGAAGUAAAAUGACAAGUCAUUUGUUAGUUAAAUUAGUGUCAGUAUUUUUUAAUUAGAGCAUAUUUAUUUGCGGUGUGAUGGAACUGAUUGUUAGCAUUAAUUAUGUUUUUGAGGAGAGGACGUAGUUAUUGGAAUUUAGUUAAGUUCUAUUGAAAAGCCAAUUUGUUUUAGUAUACAAGAAAAAUUCAGUGUAGACUGAAAUAUUACACUAUAUGAAUUCUGAUAGGUACAGCAAGCAAAGGUAAAUAACCAUUCAGAUAAAUGCGUUUAACCUAUUUCUGGGAGAUAUAAAAUGUUCAACUCUGUGGCGACAUAUUUAAUAAUAAUGUGACCUGAUGCCCGAAAGCCAGAACAGUGAAAUCAAAAGAGAUGUUCAUUGCUAGACAACUCUUCAGUGAGCAAACUCCCACGGCAACAAAUAUGCAAGCAGCAGUCGAAUAACUUAUGUUGCUAUGCAGUGGCACUGUAAACACGAUUUAGCAGCAGUAGAGGAAGUGGUGUUUUCUGUGCAUCCGGCCUGUUGUUAUAUAACGAGGAUCUCACGCAACUAGAAUUAAAUUAAGUUCCAAAGUUGGCUGUUGCAGCAUAGUAUUGGGUGGAAUUGAAAGAGUCGAAGGUGACUGAGAGGAAAUAGCAAGAAAGGAAUUGGACUGUGCAAAGAAGACUUAAUGUGUGAUUUGAAGUGACAGUGAGACUGGUAU